AUGCAGGCUGAGAGUGAAAUCUCCGUAGAUUGCAUCCCCCUCGUGAACCUAAUGGGUCUCAUCUUCCAGAUCUGUGACGAUUAUCUCAACCUUUCGAAUCCCACCUACAGCAAAAACAAGGGCCUCUGUGAAGACUUAACGGAAGGCAAAUUCUCGUUUCCUAUCAUCCAUUCCAUCCGCUCGCAUCCCGAUAAUCUCCAACUCAUCAACAUCCUUAAACAAAAGACCCGGGACGACGAGGUAAAGCGGUAUGCAAUCAAUUAUAUGGAAAGUACUGGGAGCUUUGCAUAUACCAGGAAGGUUGUUUCGCAGCUGCGUGAUACUGCGCUGGUAAUGAUAGGCGAGCUUGAGACAGUUCUAGGCGACGCGCAGAAUGGCGAGAGUGCAGGAAGUGGGGAGAUGGUGCGUUCGAUCCUCAAUAAGAUCGUUGAGCCUACGCUGAAGCCCUGA